CUGUCGUGAGAGAUAAUGGGAUUGCGGAAUGGAUUCCCAUGUCGGCGAUUGUAGUUGUUAAAGGUGGGGUUUCUACUUUGAUAUUGCGCUCAUGGAUUCAACUGUGGGGAAUUCAGUGGUGAUACUAUAUUAUCCUUGCUUUUCCCUGCCUGAAAUCACUUCCUGUGCACUGAUAUUACUCGCGUAUAUCUAUUAACACCACACAGGCGAAGGUACCCCAUCAGAGUCCCUAACCUGUAUCGCCGUCACAACCGGCGCAAAAUGCCUCCCAGCUACCAAAGUCGGCAAAAGCGAAGGCCUAGUCCUCCACGACUGCCACGCCGAAGUCCUGGCAAUGCGCGCAUUCAACCACUGGCUUAUCGCCGAGUGUCACGUAUUCAUAGACCGCGAGGAACUCCAUAUGCGGCCCUGCACUGAACCAAUCUCGCCGUAUGUCUGCCGCCGGCCUAAACUCACCCGCGACGGCCCUAUCUUGCCCCCCUUUGAAAUUAGACCCGAUGUCAGCAUCUACAUGUACUGUACCUGUGCGCCUUGUGGCGAUGCAAGUAUGGAGCUUGUUAUGGCCGAGCAAAAUGACCCUACACCUUGGGCGCCGCCGGCUGCACCUACAACCAUGGCUACGCCUGCGUCAUCUUCGAAUCCUCCUGGGGAGCAAGCGCUCCUCGACGGCCGCGCGCAUUUCUCAAAUCUAGGUACGGUGCGUCGCAAGCCCGCGCGUAGAGACGCCGAGGCGACAAGAAGCAAAUCCUGCUCGGAUAAACUUGCGCUGCGGCAGGUGACAUCUUUGCUCAACUACGGAGCGAGCCUACUUGUUGCCGUGACUCCGAAUGCAUAUAUAAAAGGCCUCGUUCUUCCAGAGGAAGAGAUUAGCCGAACGGGUAUUGCGCGGUGUUUCGGCCUCGAGGGGAGAAUGAAGGAUCUCGUGGGCAGGACGUGGCCGAUUACGAAGACGGAUGCGGAUACGCCUGGUCUACAGGGUCUGCCGGCGAGCGAGACACAGGGCAGGCACCGGUACGAGUUCAGACCGUUCGAGGUGCUAUCAAUACCCAAUUCGCAGCUGCGAGCGCUCUGGAAGUUCCGGAAGCCCAAAGCCUCGGACCCGGGCCAGACAGCCGCACAGCUAAAGAUGAGCAAGCCGGGGAAUAAAACUGUCGUAUGGAUCCGUGCGCCUACGGCACACCACGAAGCUAAAUCCGGAUACCCGUCUCUGGUAGGGCGUCUGCCAACUCUUCGCGGUUCGAGCACCGGUGUUUUCGAGAAUAUCAUUGGCGGCGUCAGGCAGGGUUAUAAACUGUCGGAUCCCGGGCUUGCGGGUGCGUCGGUGUUGUCGAGGCGGCAGCUGUGGUUGCAUUGGAAGAGUGUUGUGUCACUUACGAUGGGGGAGCAUGAGAUUAGUUUAACCGGUAGGGAUAUAGGGUAUAAGGUUAUGGGCACGACAGGUGCGAUUCGGGCGUUCAUUGAGGAGAAAUAUCGCGGGUUCAAAAAGCCGCAUGACUAUGAGAAGGCUGGCUGUAUCAAGGCGAGGAGGGAUGCUACGCAGGCCGCUAAGGAGGUUCUUGGAGGAUGGGUGCCGAAUGUAGAAGAUGACAACUGGCCCAUACCGGAGUGGAAGGAUGAGAACUAUGGACAUGAUGACUACCCACGGAGUCCACCGGAUCCAGAAAGCCCAGAGAGGCCUGAUGGUUUGAGAGAUUCGAGAGAUUCAGGAGAUCCAAGACAUGGCCCCGGUGCUUCAAAAAGACCGAGGCUUGAUGUCUGAAAUUUGUAUAUUCAGUGAUCACGAUUGUUUCCAAUCUCAACUAAUUAUAAUAACAUGUACAUAAGCUUCUCCGUCGCCAAAUGAAGAGACGAUUAGAUUAAAAAUUAAGAU